AUGUGUUCCACAGAUGUUCCCCCGCCUAUCUUGAGCUCAAAUGUUCAGGUGAUGGAAGUUCUAGAGGGCACCAGCUUGACACUGACCUGCUCCACUGUGAUCUCAUGUCCCUCAAUCCAACCUCAGAUGCAGUGGAACCCACAGCUAGGAGAACAGCUCACACCAGCCCGACAGGAGGAUGAAUUUGGACAGACACUGUUGGUCUCCUCUCAGAUGUUCAAUGCGACUCCUCUAAUUGACCGCCUGAAAAUCUCCUGCUCUCUUUUGUACUCUCAGGGCACCAAAAGACCAGCUGAAAGCAGCGUUGCCCUUAGAGUGUUGUAUGCUCCCAGAAACACCAUAGCCCUGGUCAGUCCAUCGGAUCCAGUGUCUGAAGGCAGUGUGGUGGUGCUGAGCUGUCAUAGUGAUGCCAACCCUGCAGUUCAGCGCUAUGAGUGGUACAAAGACAGUGGAUCUGGAAAGCUAGAGUUACAGAAUCAAGGACAGACUCUAACAUUGAUAGCCAGGAGUACCGUUCAGGGUCUGUAUGUCUGCAAGGGCUACAACAACCACGGGACCGACCGAUCGAGGCCUGUCGCUGUGGACAUAAAUAGUUGCCAGUGCUCCAUUGUAUCGUACAUUGUAUGUGGACUUCUGACUCUUUUCUUAAUUCUUAUUACUGCAGUGGAUUUGGUCAAAUACAAAAGCCUGUUAAAAAGACUUCAAGCGUCUGAAAGUUUGCGAGGACCCAUGACCUACGACACCCUCCACAGGACCAGUGACUCAGUGUACAAUAUAAUACAGACAAGGGCCAGCAAAACUGAAGACGACUAUGAAAACAGAAACUAUGGUAAACCUCAGCCCAAGUAGGAGUUGUGGCCUAGAAGUUAGGUGCUCAGGUUGAAGACGCAGGUUCCAAUCUCUCCUGAGGCCUGCAUGUCUCAAGCCAUUUUCUCCAGUUUUUUUGUUUCAUAUCUCUAAAUGACAAUAGUCCAAAUAAUUAAUCAAAUCAAAAUGAACAGAACUGGUAUCAUCUGAAUUGCGUGGUCAGUACGAUUUUUUUUUUUUUCUGAGAAAUU